AGUUACAAGUAGAGCGCAACUUUAGCAAAGGAUCGUAGCGCAAGAGUAACGCGGUCUGUCUUAAGUUUUAGAAGCUAUAGCCUAAAGAUAUUAGCCGGUCUGCGAUUAUUAGUCGGCAUGAAUACAGUCAAGGCUAUGAAAAAUGCAAUUGUCUGUCUUAUUUUACUGCCUCGCUUCUUCUUGGCAGCGAUAAUGCUGUGGUUUCUCGAUUUUCAUUGCGUAAGAAAGAGGGUCUUCCCCAAAAUGAAGGAACAAGAAGGAAAUAUUGUCGACCCCCCAGUAUGUAUUUCCGAGUCUAAUCGAAUGUUCAGCUGGGAGUCAAUCAAAGCCGUUUGGCAUGGCCAUAAACUGGACUUCUUAAAAUCGGCGCACCUUGGAAAUGUAGCGCCCAACACUGAAGUUGUGCAGCUCCGCGACCAGAGAUGCAACCGGAUUCUUGACUAUGCCAAAGAGAAGAGACCGCUCAUUCUAAACUUUGGCAGCUGCACCUGACCACCGUUCAUGACACGCUUGAAGGCGUUCCAGCGUGUUGUGCAGCAAUACGCUGAUAUCUCAGACUCUGUCGUUGUGUACAUAGAGGAAGCGCACCCGUCGGACGGAUGGAUGAGCUCUGACGCUCCCUACCAAAUUCCCAAACACCGCUGUCUCGAGGACAGACUCAGUGCCGCUCAAAUAAUGAACCGUGAGGUCCCUGGGUGCCUUGUUGUCGCAGACAGCAUGGAUAACUCGUCCAACGCCGCAUAUGGAGCAUAUUUCGAUAGACUUUACAUACUUCAAGACGGAAAGAUUGUCUACCAAGGAGGUAGAGGGCCGGAGGGAUACCGCAUCUCUGAGCUGAGAGACUGGCUAGAUCAAUACAGACAAAGUGUUGGAAAUUCAAGAAAUGUCGUUAUUCAUGUCUAGAGUUUUAUAACAUGUUAGGCGUCACCAUUAAAUAAGUUAUGUCUCUACACAUUUCACACAACUUUUCAAGAGUUGCGGCUCCAAUAACGUGUCACAGGGACACACAAGCAUUUUCACUUGUGUUGUUUACUAGUGAUGUAUGUGUAGGCCUAUCCCAAAGGUUGCAGAAUUGCCUGUUUUAGUUCUAGUUAUUAUUUUGACCGUGGACAUCUCAACAUAUUACGUCUAUAGACGAUCGCCUGCAAGGGUUUAUUUGUUCUGUGUUCCCAUAUUUGUCAUGUUCUCUUUAUGCGAAUGUUUGUGUGGAAAGUGUGAGUAAAGUAGGGUUUGCCAUGACCAAUUUAUUGCCAGUAUUUUUGUGAAGUUCGGUUUUUAAAAGGUACCUCACCAGAAAACCGAUACUGAUGUUUUAAUGCUGAUGAUAAUGAUUGUGUGCAAUAUCUUUUUACUUGUAUUUUUGGUUUUGUAAAUAUGGUUAACUUUUUAUGGAGAUACUUUUAUAAUAAAAUGUCUUAUUCUAUACUCUGGAAAA